AGAAACCAAAUUGUUGAUUUUGACGCCUUUGUAUACCAUAACAACUUGCAGGUUGAUUGUAGUAUGAACUCUAAAACUAUUUUAUUUUACCGGAGUUUUCUGUGUUUUUAAUACAAUCUUUCAUUUUUUUAUCAAUUGAUCCUACGUAAAAAUUUGUUUUUAGUAGAACUGCAACCUUUAGUUUAUCUUUCCUGUACUAUUUUCAAAGACAUGGGUGUUUCUGGAAAAUCACCAGGAAGAUUUCAUUCAGGUUGUCGGCCAAAAACUGAUGAUUCUGGAGAAAAUAUCAAGAAUUUUGGUAAAAUAACCAAGAGAGCAAAAUCAACAAGGCGAGACAGUAGGGAGGUCGUCAAGUUGAUUACACACGAUACAAUUAGAGUUAUCAAUAUACCCAGAGAAACACAUAUCACACCAAAAGUUUUCGAUGUUGACCUUUUUAAUUCUCUCAAAGAGAAAGCGAAGUAUCUUACACCACAAGAGAGACUUCAAGCUACACAUAGGGCUAAAGAGCAGAAGAACCAAGAAAUGACAGAGUGCGCAAACCGCAAAAAAGAGUUGCAGAGUUUUGAUGUAGCACGCGAACACGGACUGCGAUUAUCUGAGUUGGAAGAAGAGGCUGAACGGAGGAACAAUCACUUGUUGGCAAGAGCAUACGAACUGAGGCAGGAGCAGGAGGAUGAGAUUAAGAAAUGCAACACUCUGAUUCUCAGCACAAAAUGCCACGCUAUUCGCGACGCUCAAGUUGCUGAAAAGGCGCUCAUCAAGAGAGAGCUAGAAGAAGAGGACAAGCGGCUAGAGGAGAUGAUGGAACAAGAGCGACUGAGAGCACUGAGGGAGCAAGCGCGCAAACAAGAGAAAGAGGUCUCCAAUAAACACAACUACACCAGUUCACUCAUGGCGCAAGUCAAGGAGAACGAACUGCAGAGAGAGAUCGCUGCCGAGGCUAUUGAAGAGGAAGCACGUCUAGCCAACGAGGCAGCGAUGCAGGUGCAACUAGACGAACUGCAAGCUGCCAAAGAGAAACAGGUCGAACGGGAGCGACUGAGACAGGAGAUGAAUGCAGUCAACGAACAACUCAAGCGGCUGGCCGCCAUAGAGAGAGAGGAGAAUAGGCUGGCCGACCUCAAGGUAGAAAGACAAUGGCGAAAGAAGGAGCGCGAAGCUGUCAUACGGCGCCAGAAAGAGAGCGAAGAGCUGCGAGAGGCGCGCAUGCGCCAAGUGGAGAACAGAAGGCUGUGUCAGGCGAUCGAGAUUCAACGCGAGAAGGAGGAAGCCGAGAAGAUUGCACGAUUCAACGAAGACGCCAUGAAACGCGAGAAAGAGGACACCAUUAAAAAGAAAUGUGCAAUCGACCGCUACAGGAUCCAGCUAUUGAAGCAGAUCAAUGAAAAACAGGAGAACACAAUCGCAGCUAGACAGGCUCAGUUCCAAGAGGGAGUCGCCAUCAAAAUGGACGAGAAGAAACGCAACGAAAUGCUUAAGGACACUAUGCUGCGCAAAAUGCAACAAAUUAGAUCACAUAGAGUACCUGAGAAAUAUGUACGAGAGGUGGAACGACAGUUGAAAAUCACCGAGUAAACACCAAACUGAAAUUCUGAAAACAUUAAUUGAAUAAUGAAAAUUUUUAAUAAUUGAGAAUAAAAAAUCAGAAAUCAGAACAAAAUUGGAAGCAUCGACAUCACUUGACUACUCCAAUCACAAUGUUUUGAAUCGAUCAACUUAGAAAUGAAAAAUUGAUGCACUUCUUUCACAAAUAUCAUUUUGCAAGCACUGUGUUCCAGAUUAUUAAAUUUCUAUAACAACACGUU